AUGCGCCGUGUUGGCGCGCUUUAUCAUUAUUGGCUGCAUAAAUCCCCGCUAUUGACCAAAGUCGUGACAGCAACCACGCUUUUUGGCACAGGGGAUCAGAUUGCGCAGAUGCUUGAGAACGAGACAGAGGAGAGCAUGUUUGACGAGUUAACAAGUGAGCAUGUACCUCAUCGAAUGGACAAUACACCGAAGCUUGUAAGUGAUAGCACAGCUCGAACACUCAGGAUGAUGCUGUGGGGAGGGUGUUUUGCGGCACCAAUAAUGCACACGUGGUUUCAUGUCAUUGAACACAUGAUUCCAGGCACAGGGAAACUAGUCGUUGCAAAAAAAGUGGUAGCAGACAUGAUUAUCAUCGCGCCAGCCACGUCUUUGGCUUUUUUUACCAUCACAAAGUGCAUGGAGGGCGAGCCUUUCAAUGAUUCGUUUCAAAUUGCCAAAGCUAAAUUACCUCCGACUUUACUUGCAGAUUAUAUGUUAUGGCCGGCAGCGAACGCGAUUAUAUUCGGAUUGGUACCAUUACAUUAUCGCACCCCACUUACACAUUGUGUCAGUCUCGUAUGGUCAACAUUCUUGUCAAAAAUGGCUUAUCAUGAACCUUUUAAGCUGACGUCGCUGUGGGGAUGUGGCGAAUCCAUGACUUCUAGACCGAUCGCUAAUAAUUAA